AUGAUCAUUCGGAACAGUGAUUCAGGAAAAAUCAUGGGUGUGAAAGGACGACGUGUGGCUCUUGUGGAACAGAUGACCAAUACCGUAAUCAGCUUCCAAAAGGUGGAUCCAAAGAGCAAGGAGAGAACCUUGACAAUCACUGCGUCGUCGAUGGAAGACAUUGAUAGAGCCAAGGACCUUAUCAUCGAUACAAUUAGGAGGAACAUGAGCCCAAUCAGAGCCGAAGCAAGCGGUCACGAUUCACCAGCGGAGGAGGACGAGAACGAGAACGACAUUUCUAUCGAGACCACACACGACGGCAUGCUUAAACUCUGCUGCUCCGAUCCGCAAGUGCUCCAGGCGGCGCAAGAAGCGCUCUCACAAUAUCUACGAAGUCGUGCCAAACCGUCAGCUGCGGAACGUGAACUACGCAAGGAACGUCGUAAGAGUAUGCCACUUCAGGCUAGCCAACCUGAUGCUCCAGCCAAGCCUCUCAGUCGCACUUUCCACGGCUCUACGCCAAAUCUAGCUGAAGCCGGUCUGGAGGCUGUGAAGAAAACCACUAAUUCGACACAGAACCGUGAGGUCGAUGAACUGAACAAAGUGUUCGUGUCGCUUCGACAAGCCUGCUGUCGAGACAAUGGACAACUGGGAACGCCUUGCAGACUAAAAAAUUAUGGAGCUUGUGGAACUACGUGCGAUGCACUGGCGGAGCAACCUGGCACACAGCCAGUACUAUCUCAAAACGUCAUACUACAGCGAGCAGGAGCCGCCUGUCACCCCGCAGCCGAUGACGUUUUUACCACAGAAUCCUCUAUUCAUGCCGCCCGAAACGCCACCAGCAACACAUCCAACAAAUGCUGGCUUUUAUUUGAUUCCCGCAUCGGGUGGUUGGAUGCCGCCAAUGAUUCCUGGUAUACCACCCAAUCCAUUCAUGCCACAGCCUCUGCUCACACCUGA